GCGACUGUAACCCACCAACAACAACAACCUCUCGUUCCAUCAUUGCCACCUCCACCAUCCUCACUUCAUCCUCAUCAACCAGUCCUCAGCCCAGGCGCCAUGCAGACCCCUGAGGCAGGCGCAGACUCCGCCUCCACCGUCCCUCUCCAGACCGCCGUCCCUGUGCAGCCCACAGGCUCCUCCCAGCAGGUGACCUCUCAGGUGCCUGUCCAGCAGCAGACCCAGACUGUUCAACAGGUUCAGCAUGUAUACCCAGCACAGGUGCAGUACGUGGAGGAGAACAGUGGCGUCUACACCAACGGAACCAUACGGACAUACUCGUACUCCGAGCCCCAGCUGUACAGCCAGAACAGUGGAGGGAGCUACUUUGACACGCAGGGAAGCUCAUCCGAGGUGUCCACGGUGGUGUUGUCCAAUGGCAUGGCCAACAAUGGAGGGGGGAACGGGGGUCUGACCAUGGGUCUGGCCGGGGGGCAGAUCAUCAGCAGCUCUGGAGCCUACCUCAUCGGGGGCAACUCCAUGGACAACUCUGCCCCCCACCCAGCCACCCAGACUACCCGAGCCUCCCCGUCCACUGUGAGUAUUGAAAUGGCGAUUGAGACGCUCCAAAAGACUGAAGGUUUAUCCAGUCAGAGAAGCUCGCUGCUCAACAGCCAUCUGCAAUGGCUACUGGAUAACUAUGAGACUGCGGAAGGGGUGAGUCUGCCUCGCUCCACCCUCUACAACCACUACUUGCGCCACUGCCAGGAGCAGAAAUUGGACCCGGUCAACGCCGCCUCCUUCGGCAAACUCAUCCGCUCGAUCUUCAUGGGGCUACGCACGCGACGCCUCGGCACAAGAGGGAACUCAAAGUACCACUACUAUGGGAUCCGGCUGAAGCCGGACUCUCCUCUCAACAGACUGCAGGAGGACAUGCAGUACAUGGCACUCAGACAGCAGCCUGUCCAACAGAAACAGAGGUUUAAGCCGGUGCAGAAGGUUGAUGGUGUAUCUGGGGAGAACUUCUCAGGCGGAGGCCAAUACACCCCCAGUGCAGCGGAGCAGACCGUCAUCGCACAGAGCCAGCACCACCAGCAGUACCUGGACGCGUCGCGGGCGCUGCCAGACUUUGCGGAGCUGGACCUGGGAGAGACCAACGUAGACAACAUCAGCCCAGACGACAUCAAAGCUCUCCAGUCACUGCACAGAGAGCACUGUGAGGCCAUUCUGGAUGUGGUGGUGAACCUCCAGUUCAGUCUAAUAGAGAAGCUGUGGCAGACGUUCUGGCGCUAUUCCCCCUCUGACUUAGUGGAGGGCACAACCAUCACAGAAAACAGUGGUGUGAGUGAGAUUGAGGGCCGUCUGCCCUGCUCCAGGCUGGUGGUGCUCUGUAGGAACGAGGCUGUGCUCAAGUGGAUGAGUUCCUGUGACCACCUGAUGUACCAGGCCCUAGUGGAGAUCCUCAUCCCUGAUGUCCUCAGACCCAUCCCCAGUGCCUUGACUCAAGCCAUCCGCAACUUUGCCAAAAGCCUGGAAGGCUGGCUCAACAAUGCCAUGAACGUCAUUCCACAGAGAAUGAUCCAGACCAAGGUUGCCGCUGUUAGUGCCUUUGCUCAGACAAUGCGUCGUUACACUAGUCUGAACCACCUGGCCCAGGCAGCCCGGGCCGUGCUGCAGAACACCUCCCAGAUCAAUCAGAUGCUCAGCGACCUCAACCGCGUCGACUUCGCCAACGUGCAGGAGCAGGCGUCAUGGGUGUGUCAGUGUGAAGAGGGCGUGGUGCAGCGGUUAGAGCAGGACUUCAAGGCUACCCUGCAGCAGCAGAGCUCUCUGGAGCAGUGGGCUGCCUGGCUGGACAACGUGGUCACCCAAGUCCUACAGCCCUUCGAGGACCGGCCCAGCUUCCCCAGGGCUGCACGACAGUUCCUGCUCAAGUGGUCCUUCUACAGCUCCAUGGUGAUUCGGGACCUGACUCUGCGCAGCGCGGCCAGUUUCGGCUCGUUCCACCUGAUCCGCCUGCUCUACGACGAGUACAUGUUCUACCUGGUGGAACACCGCGUCGCCCAGGCAACCUGCGAGACGCCCAUUGGUGUCAUGGGAGAAUUCGAUGACCUCAACGCCAUGUCGCCUGCUUACAUGGACAAAGACGAGGUGAGUGAGAUGGACAGUGACCUGGAGGAGGACAUGGAGGAGUCUGGGGAGCCGCUGGCCAAGCGGGAGAAGGCUGAGUUGCAGCAUGAGCACGAGGUGAUCCAGGUGGGGGCUCUGGAGGACGGCAGUAAUCCAGUGGUGGGGGUGGUCCAGCCGGGCAUCCUGCACUCUCUGCCCCAUCCCCCCCAGGACCACGCUGAGCACAUCCUCACCCCCUCUGCCGCCACCCCCACAAUCCGCCGAUGCAGCGCCACCGGCAACACCUACGCCUCAGUCUGAAGAGAGAGAGACGCCCACCCUCCAUCUGAAGAGAGGAAGACGCCCACAAAUCUAUUUUCUCUUGAUCUGUCUGUCUCUCUCUCUCUCUCUCCUUGUUUCUAUCGAUCUCGCUGUCACACACACGUCUGCACUGUUUCCCUCUGUCAUGCGUUGUGUUUUCUCUGCUCUCCUCCACCCCGGCCAAUAGAGGAUGAUGAAAAUCACCAUGUCCACAGCCGCUGGCGUCACACAAACAGUGGAUCGAUGAAGAGAGCUAGACGUGAAUAGGAAUCUACUGGGGAGAGUCAUGUGGACAGGCUGCCUCUGUCUGCUGUUGUCCCAUGUGUCUGUCCUCAGGGAGGGGUUGC